AUGCUUGAUGAUAUCCUGGACAAUGCCUCGUCCGAGUCGCUCUCUCAUGGUCUUGAGACCAGUCUCCACAGCAGAAUCGGUGGUGUCUCUGCUGGUUCGGGCGCAUCCUUUCUCUCAUCACCCUCGGCCGCAGCCAACAGAGCCCGCCUGAACAGCAACACGACUCUGGGUUUCCUGCUCCCUCAGCCAAAGGGCCAUUUCUCUAAACUCAAGAGCACUGGCCGAUCCGAAAACUCGACCGAGAAUGCGGUCGAUCAGGACCUGCUGCACAAGCUGGAGGAACAGAACAGUCUUUUGCCACCACAGGACUCAACAUCAUUCUUGUUGGCACGCUUGGAGCGACAGAAUGGACUGCUGGACACAGACCCAAAGUCAAUCUGUAUCGAGUCCAAUGUCCUUAAGGGCAACCUCAGCACUCUGCACCGCCUCAUUGCAGACUCGACCACACUCAACAGCCCCAAUUCCGAGACCAUUGACUGGGAGUUCUGGGGGAUGCUUGUUCAGGAUUACAAUGCUGUCGCCAGCAAGUUGCCACAUCUGCUCUCUGCACGAGUGCGCCAGGGCCUGCCUUCGAAACUGCGUGGUCUGAUCUGGCAGUCCAUGUCCCAAGCUUCAUCGACCUACCUCGAAACCAUGUAUACCCAGCUCCUGAAGGAGCACUCCCCAUACGAGCGCAUUAUCCAGCGCGAUCUCGCCAGGACGUUCCCCCAGGUCGAUAUGUUCAAGGAAGAAGGCGGCAAAGGACAAGAGAUGCUUGGCAAUAUUCUCAAGGCCUACUCGCUAUAUGAUCCUCAUAUGGACGAAAAAGAGGCCUUCUGCGUGUUUGUGCGGCUAAUGGAGACCUACGACAUGCGAACCAUGUUCACGCUGAACAUGGAGGGCCUUCAGCUCCGUCUGUACCAGUUCUCGGCCCUGCUGUCGGAACACCUGCCCAUGCUUCACGCGCACCUUUCGUUCCACUCGAUCCACGCGGCCAUGUAUGCAUCGCAGUGGUUUCUAUCGCUGUUCGCAUACACAUAUCCUCUGCCACUGGUCCUCCGGAUCUACGAUGUGGUCUUUACGGAGGGAGCACCCGAGACGAUCAUGCGUGUCGCUGUCGCAUUCCUGAAGAAGAACGAGGAAAAGCUGAUGCAGCUCCAGGAAUUCGAGGACUUGUUGGAGGUGCUAUCGUCGAAGCUGUACGAUGUCUAUGAGGACAAUGCAGGGGCCGUCAUCAAGGAUGCUAUGGCUCUCUCAUCAGAGAUCUCGAAGGACAAGCUUGAUACGCUGGCGAUGGCGUACCUUGCAGAGCUCGAGGAUCAGCAGAAGCGGGCGAAUGAGGUGACGAGCAAGCGUUUCAUGGACCGAUUCGGGGUGUCAUCUUCCAAGACCGCCAAGCCAGAAGAGGCCAAGACUGCGACGAGCACGAAGCAAAAGCCCUCUUCGCCGAAGCUGAAGCGCGGUAGCAGUCGUCUCUCGAUUGCAGCCGGUGCUACAGAGGCGAUGCUGAUGGAGCAGAUCCAGGACUUGGCCAAAGCUCUGUCGACACUGCAGAGAGAUCACGUCGAGGUGACCGAGGCGGUGGUGACAGCCAAGAUUGAGAAGAUGCAGCAUGUGGAGGAGAUCGAGACCCUGCGCAAGAAGGUC